UAACAAUUCAACAAUUAUUUCUAAUUAACAUUCUAAAUAAUAACAAUCCAUUCUAAAGAUAUCAAGAUUUAAAAUCAAUACCUAACAAUUCCUAAAAAUCCUAUCCUAAAAUUAAUUCUAAUAAAACUAAAAAAAAACAAGAAAAGACUAAGAAACAGGCAGAAUGGGCCUAAAUGUUAAGCCCAAAUGCAACAGGGGGUAUGUUGAUCAUUCCGGAGGUGUAGGCCCUAAUUGGCUUGGGCUUACCCUGAAGCCUAAGGCCCAACCGCAACAAAAAGAAAAAAAACAUGUGGAUCGGACCUGCUCUCGGGCUCGAUGAGGCCUUGGUCCAAAGAUCCUCUAUCGUCCACAAAAUGUUGUACCAGUGGAACGGUGAAGACGCAAAUUCCACUUCUGUAUCCAAACGCAAAACGGCGACGUUGGCACGAUCACACGACCGAAAAUCUACACCUUCAAUCUCACCGGUGCUAAACGCAAUUAAACUCCGAUCUUGAACCGCCAUGGAAGCUCGUCGAGGUUUCGAAUUCAAGGUCCUACAUAAUCGAACCAACGACACUCGUCCUCUCUAUCAAAGAAAUAAAGAGAAAGGAAAGGCAUACCUCGUUCGCACGUGGUGUUUAGGAACGACGACGAGGAGGACGAUUAUCUCGUUGCGUUGCAAAGGAUGGUGAAGAUCGCGAUCUUGCUUCGAUGAAGAAUGAUGAUACUCCGGUUUGCACCUCCGCGGCUUUCGACGGAACUCAAGAGGCGGUUAUGGAGGAUUGAAGGUGGUACCACGGCGGUGAUUCUCAUCGCGAUGAAGGACGAGGUGUGGUGAUGGAGGUUUUGUGAGAAACAGUUAUGGAAAUUCGAUUGAGUUCUGGUGGAGUUGAAGGAGAAAGAAGAAGAAUGGAAGAGUUUGUUAGAAUUUGGAGGGAGCGAAAAAUUGCUGUUAAUCAGAGUAUUUAUAUCAUUUGCAAAUGGAUUCGGCUUAGCAGCUCGCGUUUGGCUUGCUCUGUCGUUUUCGCAGCUUUGCCGUUCGCGUUUGGAUUACGUUUCUGCAGCUUUUUGGUAGCUUGGAUGGCAGGUAGCUGCGUUUUGAAUUUGUUUAGCAGCUGUUACUUUGGUUGGCUGUGGUGUUGGUUUGCCAGCUUGGAAUCACUAGCUUUGUGUAGCAGUAGCUUAUUUCUGCCGUUAAUUGUAGCUUUUUCCUGUGUUAGCUUAAGUUGCAGCUUGCAUUUCGUCGAAGUACUUGUGCAUUUUGGCUUGUGAGUUGCCCGGGCUCACGCACCUGAUGCCGUUUUUUUGAAGCGUUUUGCAACAGGUUUUCUGGUGUACUUGCUAUUGCCUGUAACUUGCCUUAUGCUAUUUUUGUCUCAUCCAAAAAAACAAAUGGGCCUUGUAGCUAAAGUGCAUAUAGCUAAUGGAUUGGUAAAGGAGACUUGGAUACUGGA